AUGCCAGCGGUCGAGCAGUGGAGGAAAGCAGCUGACGCUGCCGGGCCAAGUCGCCGGUCACUACUCAGAGGCAUCAACAGUCUGUACAAGACCCGAGACUACAGCGACCUGGUCAUCAAGUGCGGGUCUCGAGAAUGGGCACAUGAGACCAAAGACGCCGUCAUCGAACUUCACCACGAGCAUGAGGAUGUUAUCGACCAACUUGUCGAAUACCUCUACACCUCCGAGUAUGACGACGAGUUGAGCAUGACUUCCCACAGUCCGCACGGCCCUAUGCAUUUCGACGUGAAGAUGUACACCGCAGCCGACAAACUAGACAUCCCCGACCUGGCCGACCUUGCCGUCGAGAAGUUCAUCGCUCGAGCCGAGCGCUACACUGGCGAGAAGGACUUCUACGGCGCCGUGCACGAGCUGCACAAGGAAGCUCCAGAUACGGCCACGAAAAUGCGAGACGCGAUCGUCACAGCGACCAUCCGGGAUGCUCACGUGCUGUUCCAAAAGGACCUCGACAGUCUCGUCGCCGACAAAAACUUUCAGCGCCUGGUCUGCGACGUCCCGGCAUUCGGCAUGGAGGUCGUCAUGGAGCUUUCGAUGAGAGUCGAGGAGAAGAGCGAGGGAUUGAGGGCACUGAAGGCACAUUUCAAGGACAGUGAGACCUGGCAUUGCGGGAAUUGCGAGGUGAAUUUCCACGUCACCAACUUCAGCAAAACUCACUGCAUGCGUUGCCCAUGCUGCCAGAAAGAUGGCCUUUCCAUGAUUCAUCGAUCCAUGUCGACCCUCUACCAAAGUGAUUGGAACUGCGACCUCAUCAUCAAAGGCGGGUCGGAGAAGGAGUGGAAGGCGCACACCAUCAUUGUCUGUCUUCAGUCAGACGUCUUCAAGAAAGCGUGCAAACCCGAGUGGCAGGUGAGAGAUGCCGACAAUACCUCCUCGCCAACACCAACAGCUUCCACUGACACUUCUCCGUCGCCGAAGAAGGACUCGAAGCAGAGUGUGAUCGACCUCAGCGACGAGCGGGACUUCAUCAUUGAGCAACUCGUUCGGUUCCUCUAUCUCGCCACAUACGACACCGCAUUCUGCAAGAAGACUGAUAGCCCUUUGGGUCCGAUGCAAUUCAACCUCAAGAUGUUCAUCGCUGCCGACAAGUAUGAUGUUCCUGACUUCGCCGACUACGCCAAGAAGAAGUUCCUGUCCGAGCUCGACAAAGUCGAUAGCCCGGCCGAAGAGCAAGACUUCAUCCGUGCAGUGAAAGAACUAUACAAAGCAGGCCCGACCAGCGCCGCCGAGCUACGAGCCAAAGCAGUCGAGGCGGGUACCUCGAACGCGCACAUCCUGCUCGAGAACGGACUCAAGAUGUCCAGUAAGAGCAAAGGAGACGACCUCACGUUCCACCGACUCAUUCGAGACUUCCCCGAUUUCGGUGAUCCUAUUGUGCUCACGCUUUCCGUGGCUUUUGCUGAGAAGAAGAAGAGCUUUACCAGCACUUUGAUGUGCCGCUGUGACGCCUGUCGAAACCAGUUCAACAUGACGUGGGUUCGAAACGACGUCAAGGUGUACUGUCCAGUUUGCAGAGAGCCAGCGAGGAGGCUGUAUUGA